AUGUCCCACCCACAGCAGGGCAGUACUCUGACACUGGUGCUCAUGGUGGUUGCUGCAGGCACUGGAGGAACUCUUCAGUACGGCUACAACCUGGCCAUAAUGAACGCACCUACAACCUAUAUUCAAACCUUUAUCAAUGAGACGGCGCUGCAGCGCUGGGACGUGCAGCUGGAGGACUACCAGGUGACGCUGGUCUGGACAAUCAUUGUCUCCAUCUUCUCACUGGGAGGCCUCGCCGGCGCUCUUAUAGCCGGACCUAUGACCAUACGCUUCGGAAGGAAGAAGUGUCUUCUGAUGAACAACGUCUUCCUCAUGACUGGCGCUCUCGUGGCUGUGACCAGCAGAGCGGCCGGCUCUUUUGAGAUGAUCAUCAUCUCACGGGUCCUGAUUGGAAUUAACUCUGGAAUCAGCAUGAACGUGCAGCCCAUGUAUUUUGGAGAGAGCGCACCAAAGCACUUGCGUGGAGCCGCGUCAAUGUCUUCAGCUGUAUUUGCAGCAUUCGGUGUGAUGUUGGGUCAGGUGGUGGGACUCAGAGAGGUUUUGGGCAGUGAGCCGUGUUGGCACUACCUUCUUGCCAGUAAUGCCGUUCCUGGCCUCAUUCAGCUCCUGACCCUGCCAUGGUUCCCUGAAAGCCCCAGAUACCUGCUGAUCGACAGGGGCGACAAGGAGGCCUGCAUCAACGCUCUGAGACGUCUCCGAGGCUGUGAAGUCCAGAGCAGCGAGCUCAAUGAGAUUCUGGAGGAACAGGCUGAAACCAAAGGCAUGAGGCCCAAACGACCCUGGGAGCUGUUCACCGAUCCCUCUGUUCGCUGGCAGCUCAUCUCCGUCAUGGUCAUCAGCAGCGCCAUGCAGCUCUGUGGCAACGACUCGAUUUACUUCUACGCAUCGUAUGUGUUCAAAGAAGCUGGAAUAGCCGAAGACCAAGUCCAGUACAUUACCAUUGGCACUGGUACAUGUGAGUUCAGCGCCUGUAUAAUGUGUAACCUGCUGGUGGAGCUUAAAGGUCGGAGGUUCAUGCUGAUGGGGGGGUUCAUCCUCAUGACCGUGUGGGCGGUGGUCUUCACGAUCGCUCUGUCAUUUGAGCACCUUGCAUCCUGGAUGCAGUACGUGAGCAUGGGCUGCAUCUUCACCUACAUCCUCAGCUUCGGCAUGGGACCUGCUGGAGUGACCGGCGUUCUGCCCACAGAGAUCUUCAAUCAGGCCGCUCGUCCCGCGGCCUACAUGAUCGCUGGCUCCAUGAUGUGGCUCAACCUCUUCAUCACUGGAAUGGUCUUCCCUUUUCUAGUGAGCGAGCUGAGCCAGUACUGUUUCGUGCCGUUCGCAGCCGUCUGCCUCUUAUCUGCAAUCUUCGUCGGCCUGUUUCUGCCCGAGACCAAGGGCAAGACUCUGUCAGCCAUCACCAGCGAAUUCAACAAACUCAACUUUAAAGGCCUGGAGCCAAACAGUCCCUCACACACUGAAGCCCAGUAUCAGCUGGGUGAAGUGUGUCAUUCCACGUCCUUGUAG